AUGGCUACUGAGAUACCGUCACUUCCGCACCCGAAGAACACAUUUACCAUCAAAAUCGGGCUCAUAGGGGAUGCUCAGGUGGGAAAGACAUCUCUCAUGGUCAAAUAUGUGGAAAAUGUUUUUGACGAGGAGUACACACAGACGCUGGGCGUUAACUGUCUCAGCAAGAAAAUCACAUUGGGCUCCGCCGAUAUCCUGUUUUAUAUCAUGGACUUAGGUGGUCAACGAGAAUUUAUCAAUAUGUUACCGCUAGCAUCAGAGGGCGCUAAGGCCAUAAUCUUUCUCUUCGAUCUCACCAGGCCGGAAACUCUCAAGUCAAUUAAGGAAUGGCACCGACAGGCUACAGGCUUUAACGAACAAGCAGUUCCUUUACUUGUCGGUACGAAGUAUGAUCUUUUCGUCAAUCUCGACCCCGAGUUUCAAUCUCAAAUUUCAAAACAGAGUAUGCGUUACGCUCAGGCAAUGGAUGCACCCCUCAUUUUCUGUUCUACUUCGCAUUCUAUUAAUGUUCAAAAGAUAUUCAAAAUUAUCAUCGCAAAACUCUACAACCUCACCAUGCGUGCCUCUGAAAUUAAACAGAUUGGCGACCCACUGCUCAUAUACAAAUACUUGGGUGGUACGCGCAGGUCCGCUUCCGCAUCGUCCAGCUCCUCUAGCACUUCCACUUAG